AUGUCCACCAACGGGACGUCAGAGAGUGGCUGCGAGUCCGAGGUCAGGACCGCCAACUCCACCUGCGGCCCCGAUGAUCUGUCGGUCACGGCCUCCAUCGUCUCCAUGACGGGCGGCAUCCUCUCCAACAGCCUGGCUCUCUUCGUCCUGGUCAAGUCCUACCACCGCAUCCGCCUGAAAUCCAAGGCCUCCUUCCUGCUGUUUGCCAGCGGGCUGGUGGUCACCGACCUCCUGGGCCACCUGGUCAACGGCUCGCUGGUGCUCUUCAUCCACAGCUCCCAAAAGCAGUGGGAGGCCUUUGACCCCGACCACGUGCUGUGCGGCUUCUUCGGGGCGUCCCUGGUGUUCUUUGGCCUCAGCCCUCUGCUCCUGGGCUGCACCAUGGCGGUGGAGCGCUGCCUGGGGGUCACGCGGCCCCUCUUCCACUCCACGGCCGUUGCCCCGCGUCACGUGAAGCGUCUGCUGGGGUCGGCGUGGUCGCUGGCCGCCCUGGUGGCCGGCCUGCCCCUGGCGCUGGCGAGGCCCUACCAGGUGCAGCGAUCCCGCAGCUGGUGCUUCUUCCGCGAGGGGGAGCCCCGGGACUGGCUGGACGUCUUGCUGCCGCUGGUCUUCUCCAUGCUGGGGCUGGUGGCGUUGCUGCUGUCGCUGGUGUGCAACACCCUGACCAGCUGCGCCUUGCUGCGGUCCAAGAUGCGGAGGAGGCACCGUUGCAGAGGGACCUCCUACCACUUGGAGAUGAUCGUCCAGCUUCUGGCCAUCAUGCUGGUGUCCUGUGUGUGCUGGGGCCCUUUGCUGAUCUACGUCAUCGUGUUAACCACCCAGACCCAGCCUGAACCGGCCUCCUUCAGCCUGCUGAUGAUGGUGCGCAUAGCCACAUGGAACCAGAUCCUGGACCCCUGGGUGUACAUCCUCCUGCGCAAGGCCGUGCUCCGGAAGCUCUACCUGGUGCUGCAUGGCUUCUGGAGCCCCCGGUCCCACGGCGUCCGCCACCGCAAGAGCACCCUAUUGUGGAGCUCGGCCGAGACGCGGUCCUCCAGCACAAUGCGGAACGAGUGCAUCUGCAUGGGGAGCAUGCAACAGCCCAAUGAUACGAUAAAGGCCAUCACGCCAAACAGCCAGGUUCCAGUACACCUGGCAACGCCAAGAAGUGGGAUGGCGUUAAAUUAA